CCCGCAUUUUGCCCAGCUCCUCUCCUCGUCCUAGACCAAAGACCUCAACCGCUAGACAUCCUAGACAGACAUCAUGAGCACCAACGACUGGGACAGCAAGCUCGUCAUCGGCCAGAAGGCCAAGGCCCCGAAAGUCACCCGCAACACUUCUGAUUUGAACGGUGCCCGGAGGGCAGGCGCUGUCGUCGGGACGGACAAGAAGAUCACUGCGGGCUCGAACAAGGCCCAUCAGGGGACGGACCACCAGCGGAUAGCGAAGCUCGACCGCGAGAACGAGGUCGCGCCGCCGCCCAAGAUCGCGCCCUCCGUCGGGAAGGCGAUCCAGCAGGGCCGCAUGGACAAGGGCCUGUCGCAGAAAGACUGCGCGCAGAAGAUCAACGAGAAGCCGAGCAUCCUGCAGGACUACGAGUCGGGCAAGGCGAUCCCGAACCCGCAGAUCCUCGCCAAGCUCGAGCGCGCCCUCGGCAUCAAGCUGAGGGGCGCAGACAUUGGGAAGAAGCUGGAGGGGCCGAAGAAGUCGUAGACUCGCCCCUCCGUGCUCGCGCCUCUACGACAACCUGCUCCCGUUGUUCCCGAUCCUGAUCCACGCGUCUCCUUGCUGUACAACGCCUUGAUGAUUUUGUGUCCUGUGUUUGUAGAGCUUUCGUCGCAUUUCACUUAAUCGCAUGCAUCUGAUCUGU